GCUUUCACAGUUUGGAAACAAUUGUCGAAACUCACCAUGUGUUUGACUCCGUUCUGAUUCAUUCUCUGGAUUACAAGGGACCCAAGUUUAAGUGUCUUUUAGCAUUUUCCUUUACACAGUGCACGAGUUGCGAUGGAAACUCAAAGGUUUUUAUUUCUCAUUUGUCUGAUGAUGAGUGGAAUCUGCACAGGAGUGCACUGCCAGAGGUCUCCAUCCAGAUCAGCAGAUCACCAGAGCAGAUAUUCAGUUUAUGCUCCAAGACGCCCAUCGGUUCCCUACACAGUAAUACAUCCGCAGAACAGCAGAAGUGGCAGUCCGAAAGAAAACCCGAGGACCAUCACGGCUGAGGUGUUCACCCCACAGGGAUGCACGGGAAGAGGUUGCCAUGGCUCGCCAAGACCAACAAAUAAUGAUACUAAAGAGUGCAAAGGAAUCGGUUGUAAACUCCCUGCAAGAAUGCGACAAGAUCCCAAACAGCAUUCCUGUGUUGGAGAAGCCUGCAUCACAGGGUCAGAUGUUGAAAGAACCAGACUGUCUUUUGUCCAUAUGCAGGACAGAGCCGAGCAAGUAUUGGGGGAAUUUCCGGAGUUGGGAACUCGAGGGGGGCCAUCAACUGGAAUUCAGUUAACAUGCGACAUUAAACCAGGCACAAAUGAGGUCCAAUCUGAAGAUGCAUUGGUGUUGCAUUUGCAUUUGACAAAAGGUCAAGAUAAACUGGUGGCCCAGCUGCAGGGACAGCAAGCUGAGGUUAAGCAAAUUCAGAGCACACUGAGAGAACAGCAAAGUGCUCUAUUAGCCCACCAAAGGGAAAUACUGGACCAGCAACGGAUUAUGUUUGAAAAGAUGGAGGAAGUCAAGACCCAAUACAGUUUUCUUCUCGACAGCGUCAAACAGUUAUCUGUACAAGGCCCGCAGGGAGUCACUGAGAGCCAUUUGCAUGGUCUCCAAUCCCAGGUUAGACCCUAUUCUCAGGAGGCCUUCACAAUGCAUAAGAUGAACAUGGAUGCUAGUGUUACAGAUGCUGACAGACCUCUACUUGGCUGUGGAUCCUGCCGAGCAGAUGAGUACUGCGACUUCAGUGCAGACCGACCACGUUGUGAGAAAUGCACUGUCUGCCCUCCAGGAUUCUUUCUGGUGGCUCAGUGUUCGAUUCAUGCCGACAGGAUUUGCCAGGACAGAGACGAAUGCCUAGAGAUGCCAAACAUAUGUAAAGAACGCAACCAGUGCCUCAACACACCAGGAGGAUUCCGCUGCUCCGGCGUGUCGGAGAGGGAAGCAGCUGCUGGGAUGUGUGGCCACUCUUAUUUUUACAAUUCUGAGAUGGAAGAGUGUCAAGCCUGUACAGAAUGCGAUUCUCAGCCAAUGACGUCCCCAUGUUUGGCCACGAGUGAUGCGGUGUGCGCCAACCCCUCUGAAAGCAGACUCUCUCUUUCCUGGUCUGGUAAUGUUGACCUAGCCAAGGGUAGUGAGUUUCCUGAUAAGCAACUUCAUAUCCGUGGCAAUAGUGACGGAAGCCUUCUUUCCAGCACUGAUGGGUGGAUAGUGCUCCACCAGCAUGGUCUUGUAUGGGUCGACCAUAACCUUGCUUUAAGACAUGGCUGCCGCAGCUUUGUCCAAGCAUGUUUGCGACUGAAUGCCAGUGAAGGUGAAGGUCGGGAUCUGAGUGGCAUGCGUUUGGAGCAGCGGGAGGGGAAGUCUCUCCAGAGUGCCAGUGUGAGUGGAGCAGCUGCUGUGGAGCCAGGUCACAUGCUCUACCUUUCUCUCAAGAGUGUCACCAACCAGUGUAGCCAAGACAAUGAAGACGUGUACCUUCAGAGCAGCCUAAUAGCACCAUUCAGUCUGUUCUGGUUGUCCCAUGACACAGGUGCAGUUGCUAUGACUGCUCAGGCCGUUGCCUCUGCGCAUUACCACACCAACUACCGUCCUGCCUUCCGUACCUCAUCCAUCUCCGACCCUUACAUGGUCGGGCUGACCCAUGACAAUCGUGGGGUGCGCUUCAGGGAAAGUGGCACUGUGAAGUUCGUCCUUCAGCAAGCAUUGUACUCAAUGGGUCAAGCCUGCAUCUCAGAGGGCUUCUACUUACUUGCAUACGUGAACCACAACGGAAGCAGUGCUGAGCUGACCCGUGCAUUCAAGCCUGGUGUUCAUUACAGAGAUACGUCUAUAUCUCUGUCGGCUGCCACCACUGUGGAUUCUGGGGAUAUGCUCACCUUCGAGAUCCUUGCACCCGCGCAGUGCAAUGUGCGCUACUUUGGCGACGACUCUGGGAUUAGCAUGCUCAGUCUGGUGUGGAUCCCUUCGGCUGUGUCCACUGCCCUGUCAGCCUCCGUGUCCAGGAAGAGUCUCCCCUCUGGUGCAGUGCGGAAUAAGGCCUUGUUCUUCCAUCAGACAACUCCAGCAGUUCCACAAGUUGCACUUGCUGGAACCAAAGAUCACAGAGACUUCAUCUUUCGGGAGGCAGGGACAGCAAGUGUGGCCUUAGAUCUGCGGCUUAUCCACUCAUGCAGUUUAAUCAAACUCACCUUGCUCCAACAGAGUGGGUCUCAGGGGGUUCAGCCAGCCCCUGUAGCUCAACAGAUUAGUGGACACAUGCCGGAGGGAAGUGUAUGGGCAAGCGUGGGACUGAGGGGAUCGUUCCAGGUGCGUAACGGCACUGUGAUCUUCGCUACAGUGGACUGUGUGAGAGGGCGCAUCAACCAAAUCGCCCAUGAUUCAGGAAGUAGCAUUUCUAUCCUCUGGACAGCUGCAUGAUCAUAGCAUGAUUCAGCUAGCAUGAAGUUAAGCUGCCAUGCUGAUGUUUUUACUGUCUUUGUGCAUUUAGCUGAGGUACAUUUGGAUGAUGGUUUUAUUUAGGCAUCAAUUAGUCGUUGGUUAAGCUUAAUUUCUAAAUUGUCUAACCUGUACAACCAAAUAGUACAAAAAGAAAAGUUUACUUCAGGGUAGAUUUCUGGGUUUUAAGUGGCAUUGUGUCAUCACGUAUGAUUUAAAAAAAAAAAGUUGAGAAAAUAUGAUUAAUUUACUCUUUCUUUUUUAUUAUUAUUAUUAUUUACGGAUCUUUGUGUGAUAGGUUGUUGUAUGGUUUCAUUUUAAAAUGUUUGCAUCUACCAGUUCUGAUCAGGUAAUUUUCUUUUUAUUAUAUUUGCACUUCAUAGCAUUCAACCAUUUUAUUAUCUACGUAUAUUUCCUUAAUUAUUUGCUGUUUUCCUCACCUUAAAUGAGGGGACUUCUUACAGCAUGUUUUGUAUCUUGCCUGUUUCUUUGAAUAAAACUUUCAACUAU